CUAUCUUUGGUAUCAUGGGGACCGUCCUGUCACUCUCUCCCAGCUACCGGAAGGCUGCCCUGUUCGAAGAUGGUCCAGCCACAGUAGGCCCCUACACGGCUGUUCAAAACAGCAAGAAUGCUAAAGACAAGAAUUUGAAGCGUCACUCGCUCAUCAACGUGUUACCGUGGAAGAGGAUAGUAGCUGUUUCGACCAAGAAAAAGGGUUCUAAGAAAGUGCAGCCCAAUACGACAUACCAGAACAAUGUCACCCAUCUGAACAAUGAAAACCUGAAGAAGUCACAGUCCUGUGCCAACCUCUCCACAUUCACCCAGGAGCAGUCAAGCCCAUCCAAUCAAGGCUCUAAGAGCUCUAACAAUGUGGCCUCAUCUGUCAAGAAAGCACCCUUGUCCAAUUCUAGUGUGGCUCCUGGUACACCCAAGAGGGUGAUCGUUCAGGCCUCGACCAGCGAACUGCUGCGCUGCCUUGGAGAAUUCCUGUGUCGGAGGUGCUACCGCCUCAAGCACCUUUCUCCUACUGACCCAGUGUUAUGGCUGCGCAGUGUUGACCGUUCUCUGCUGCUGCAAGGCUGGCAGGACCAAGGUUUCAUCACCCCAGCAAACGUUGUCUUUGUUUACAUGCUCUGUCGAGAUGUGGUCUCUUCAGAACUAGCAACAGAACACGAGCUGCAGGCAGUGCUUCUUACCUGUCUCUACUUAUCCUACUCCUACAUGGGCAAUGAAAUCUCCUAUCCUCUAAAGCCAUUCCUGGUGGAAAGCUCAAAGGAAACCUUCUGGGACCGUUGCCUGUCUAUAAUCAACCUGAUGAGUGCCAAGAUGCUGCAAAUCAACUCAGACCCACACUACUUCACCCAGGUGUUUGCAGACCUCAAGAACGAGAGCCAGAAGGAAGAGGAGAGGAGCCGUUUACUCAUUGGGCUAGACCGGUGAGGGAGCGCUGAAGAGUAUAAAAUGGGAUUGCACCCUAGUCUGGUAUUGUUGAAUGGGAUUCCAAAUGUUUUAAUACACAGCAGUCUCUAUAUUAUAGAAUGCAUUUAAUAAACAUUAAAUCUAUACAAAUUGACCCUUUUGAGAACAAUUGGAUCUCAAAGUUCCACCAGGUUUGUAUAUGAUAUAUAUGAAAGUUCAGGACAGAUUUGCCAGACUUGGAUGCACCCAAGUAGUCUUGUAUGAUCCAUAUUUAAAUUCACCCACAAAAAACAUCAAGAAGAUCAAAAAACAACAACACAAAAACAACAAACAGUAGGAGUAGGGACAUCAAAUUACAAGUAUGAAUGUGUAGAAGCCUGAAUGGACACAGCGUACUGGAUAUGUGCACUGCCUUUUGUUUAACAGUGUCGAGGACUAAGACUGUGACUAUGAGGCAGAGGACAUCACACCCACAUUGUUGGAUGCUUAUUAAAUAAUACACACAUUGGCUUAGUAGCAGUAAGUAUAAAUAUGUCUUAUGACAAUAAGGAGAAAGGGGGCUCCAGUGAUCCCUAUAUUUUAUGGAUGAAUUUUGACAUCGUGGCAGUGCUGCAGAACGGGGGUUUUAAAGACAAUGGUGUUAAGCUGGAAAGGUGUUAGGCACACUGCUGUAAAAGGCCUACAUUAUUUUCAUCAAUAUGGAAUUAAGUUCUACUCUGCAGUGCAACUCUGGGGCUCUAUCCAAUGAUAGAUUUUCAUGUUUUUUUUUUUGUUUUUUUGUUUUUUUGGUUUUUUUUUUACUCAGAAAUGUAACUGAAUGCAUGUGUGCCAUGCAAUUUUAUAUGGUGUUUUGAGGGUUAAAUGUUUUAUUGAUUUAAUUCCACCGAAUCUUUAAAACCAAUUAGAGAAUGCUGUUUUUUUUUUUGUUUGUUUUGUUUUAUUUUUUAAAAACAGUGUAUGUUUAUUUAGCUAUGCUUGCUACAGUGAGCCAUGAUUGUACAAAGUAUCUUUUGUUGUUUUGUGUCACAUUGUGUCACUGUCUAGUUGGGCAAGGAUCCAUAUAGACAAAAAAAAAGCUUAAUGUAAAUUUUGCAAAAGCAGUGCCAUACCUUUGUUGAAGAUCAUGUAGGUCUAAAAAAUACACCAAAGGGGCAAUCUUUGAAAUAGUUGAUUAAUUCUAAGUAAGAAUAUCUAUUCAGUCUUAAUUUAUUGUUGUUUAUUUAUUCUCUUAGCACAUCCAUUGUAUUAAAAAAUUUAUUAAUGUAUUGUAUAAAUGACUAGUACAAUGGCUACUUUGACAUGUAGCAUUUAGACGUAGAUGAUUUUUUGGUAAACCUGUUUACCUUUGGUGGAAAUGAAGAUUAUGGGUGAUGCAUUUUGAAGGAUUUAGCUAAGGAUAUUCCAUCGAAGAGCUUCAGCUUCAUUUUUAACCAGCAACAAAUCUGAGUAUCACCAAGGGUAUUCAUCAGUGCAACAAGGAACUUUGUUGGUUUCAGCCUAAGCUAUAAAUACCUGAGACCAUUCUUCCUCUGCUGAGAUGUUCCACAUUUUUAGUAAAACAACAGGUAGAAGAGAUAAUCACUCACAGGCAGUCUAGCUCUGGCAUUUUAUGUCAUGUAAAGUCUCCAUGGGCUUACGAGCCAAAAAUGAAGGAAAUGGUCACAUAUGCUUGAUUCUUAUCCACAAUUUAAUGAAUAAAAUAAUUGAUCAAAGAUGAGAUUCUAUUCAGUGUUUAUACUGAAUUAACAUCAUAAUAAAUAAUAUCAUGAAUCAGUUCUUAAUAUGGAUAACUGACUUUGUCACCAGGUACAGUUUCUCUAUUAGAGCAGAAAACCUCACUGUAAUUUUGGAAUCUGCAAUUGCAUCAUGAUAUUAGUUCAUCUUACACAUCUCAGCAGUGAUCAAUUACGCAUGCUUUCUCACAGUAGAAUAUUUCUUUACAGACAUAGAAAAAGUGCUAUUCAUCAUAUAAGCACACAUUACCAUUUAGCUCUGUACAGUGUGUUGUUCCAUGUUGGCUGUUUCUUGUUUUAUGAUGGCUGAAGGCUGACCCUAACAACUGAGACCUAAAGAUGAAUGGAAUGGAUGAAAGGGGGACUGUAUGAAUAUGCGCCAUUGCUGCUGCAAUGCUGUGUCUUACAGACAUACAGGAGGGCAUACAGGAGUCGAGAGGAGAAUGCGAGAGGUGGUCGUUAAUUUGCAAUGAGUUGACCAGAUAUUAAAGCGGAAUAGCACCAUACGGACUUGCACUUUUCUCCAGAUCCUAUUCGGGGAGAAAUUUGAAGGGGCUUUCCAAUCUCUUGGACUAUUAAAGGGGAGUUCCCUUCAUGCCUGCUUGCCAUCACUUACCACCAAUCACAACAAUGCGCCAUUUUCCCCUCACCGUACAUCACUAGCUCAUCAUUUCUUAAAACGUAUAAAAGAUGGAACGAGAAAAUUACCAUUUUCUACAGUAUCUUGUCAUAUUUCUUUGUAGAACAAAAAAAGAAACAGUGUUUCAACACAAAAAAUGUAAGGCUCUCUCAAUGACUGCAUGUGUGCGUGAGAGUGAGAGUUCAUUUGUAUAGAAGAGUGUGUAAGGUAUUUUUUUCCUAUGGGGGCUGGGGACAAUGCAAGGCAAUGCUUUUAAGAUGGGAAAACAACAUGGGCUGGUACUUGCGUGGU